AUGGAAAAAUGGAACAAGUCCAACCAUAUUGCCCUUCUUAUCAUGAAAUCGGCAAUAUCACCGGACAUUUCUGAGGCACUCCCUAAGAAAGACACUCCUAAAGCAUUCCUCGCUGAAAUGGAGGAGCAAUUUAAAGGCUCCGACAAAGUGUACACUCAUGAGAUUUUUACUAAGCUACUUCAGAAAUACACUAUUGACAGAAAUGUUAGGCAACACAUACUAAGGCUGGUGAACGCUUUCACCAAGCUUAAAGCUUUGGAGUGUUGUUUAAGUGAAAAUCUUCUUGUAAUAACGAUUCUUGAGUCCCUUCCACCUGAAUUUGAACAAUUCAAAGUCAACUAUAACUCUCUAAAGGAAAAAUGGCAACUGGCUGAGAUGACCACAAGGAUUGUUCAAGAGGAAGAGAGGAUCAUGAGGCAACAAAAAGACCAUGUUUUUCAUGUUGGCUCUAACAAGAGAAAGCAUGAGGGGCAAGGUUUCCCUAAGCCUCAGAAAAAGCAAUUCAAGAAAGAAGGACCUAAGCCAUUCAACCCCAAACCAUUCAAGGGUAAAGAAGUCGGCAACUCUUCUUCUCCUCCUAGCAGCUCCACUACUGGAGAAAAUGCUGUAUGCAGGAGGGACACUACCAAAGGGAUUGCCCAGGCUUUCUGA